AUGAACUGUUCAGCAGAACUCCAAAGAAAAAAUUAUUCGGCAACAAUAUUAAAUCAAGCUAUGGAUGAUGAUGCAGGUUCAUGGUGGUGGUGGACUAAUGUUAUUGGUACAUUAUCAUUUGGUAUAAUUGGUAUAAUUGGUAAUAUAAUAUGUUUUUUGGUUGUGUGUCAUUUUGCUUUACCACAACAUUCAUUUGUUGAAUAUCUUCGAUCAUUGGCAAUAUUUGAUUUUUUAUCGUUAUUAUUUGAAUGUAUUCAAUCAUUACAUGAUUUAUUUUAUUAUUUAUUUUCAAUAAAUUUAUUAAAUUUUCGUUCAUCAAUUGUUUGUAAAUUAUAUGAAUAUUUAAAUCAUGUUAUAAUAUUACUUUCUUGUUGGACAAUCGUUAGUUUAACAUUUGACCGUUUAAUUCUUGUUUGUGAUCCAUGGGCAAAGCGAUGGCCAAAUUUGUCACGUCGUAUUUGUAAUUCAAAAUGUGCAAAAAAAAUUAUAUUUUUAUUGAUAAUUUUAUCACUUUUAAUAAAUAUUCCACAUUUACUUUAUCAAGAAUGGAUUUGUCGAAAACCUGGUUAUCAACAUAGUGCUGCUUUUAUUGGAAAUUUAAAUUUAAAUGAAACAAAAUCGAAUCAUAUCUCAAAACGUCUUCUCUGUCAAUGUCGAACAUCACCAUAUCUUAGUCAUCUUACACUUUUGUUUUAUAUUAAAUGGAAAAUAUAUAUAUUUCAUUUAUUUUGUUAUACAUUAAUUCCAGCUAUUAUAUUAAUUGCAAGUAAUACAGCAAUACUAAAACUUGUUCAUAGUCGUCGACAAAUAGUUGGACAAAAAAAUGAACAUCUAAGAUCAAAAUUAACUCGUACAUUAACAUUAGUAUCAAUUAUGUUUUUAAUUUUAUAUUUUCCUCAUGCAAUUGUUCAAACAUUAUCAAUAUUAAUAUUUCCAAGUUAUCAUAAACGUUGCGAUAUUCGUUCAUUAAUUAUAAUCCGUAUAUUAAAACGUUUAAGCGAAUUAAUGAAUAUAACUGCAUUAGGUAUUAAUUUCUUCAUAUAUAUAUUGGGUGUUAAUCAUUAUCGUUCAGCAGCAAUAAAAAUGUUAGGUUUACAUAAUUUUAAUUUGUUUUUACCAUAUUUAACUGUUGAACAUCGAAAUUCUAUUGCAUCAACAUUGAUACAUUCAAAUAAAUACAAUAGAACAAAUAUUCAAAUGAAUAAUUCAACCAUUCAAUUAUUAACAAUAAAAAAUAAUGAGAAUUUAAAUCAAAUUUCAAAAUCAUCAUUAGAGAACACAAAUUUAUCAAAAUAA